AGACUCUACAACUAGACAAGCGCAGACUUUACUUCUACUCCCCCACAAAAAUUCCCACUUCCGAUAUAAACCCCACACCCGCACAGCAGAAUCCAACCACCACCCAGACGGCGGAGGAGCUAUGUUCAGGGACGUGUCGGCAUGCAAUACAUACAACUAUGGCGACGCCCUCUACUGGGACGCCCGUUACAUCCAAGAUGCCAACUGUGGUUCUUUCGAUUGGUACCAACGGUAUUCUGCGCUCCGCCCUUUUGUUCGUAAAUACAUCUCUCCUACUUCCCGUGUUCUGAUGGUGGGCUGUGGCAAUGCUGUUAUAUCAGAGGAUAUGGUUAAGGAUGGUUUUGAAGAUAUUGUGAACAUUGACAUAUCGUCAGUGGCUAUUGACAUGAUGAGAAAGAAGUAUGAGAAUAUCCCUCAGUUGAAAUACAUGCAAAUGGAUGUUAAAGAUAUGAGUUUCUUUCCUGAUGAAUCAUUUGAUAGUGUCAUAGAUAAAGGGACUCUUGAUUCAUUGAUGUGUGGGACCAGUGCUCCAAUUAAUGCUGCUCAAAUGUUGGGGGAAGUAAGCAGGCUUCUUAAACCUGGAGGAGUAUACAUGCUGAUAACAUAUGGUGAUCCUACUGUGCGGAUGCCCCAUAUAAAUCAACCAGUUUACAAUUGGAAAAUUGAAUUAUACAUUAUACCCAGACCUGGAUUUCAAAAGCCUGCUGGUUCCACUCCAAAGUCAUACUUGGAACCCAUUCCUAUGACGGAGAAAGGUCAACUCCCAGCAGAUUAUACUUUGGAAGAUCCUGAUUCCCACUAUAUUUACGUGUGUAAAAAGAUUGAUGAGCCAACUCUUACCAGCGACAGAUCUACCGAUAGUUUGACUGAUGAUACCCUACAGAGAUAAGAGAUAGAUCUUGGUUAUUUUAGUUUUCUUCUCUCUGUCCACUGAUUUUACUUGUAAACUACUGAAGCAUGUCAAGCCAAACUAGUCAUGAGAAGCCUUUACUUGUAUUGGCAGGCACACUGAGGAUGAUUUAGUUCUUGAUAAUUGAACUGAAAGUUACUGUGGUCAAAAGGUUUAUCUAAGCAAAGAAUAAUUGAUUGUUGGUCUGUACCAGCUUAAAUUUAACUCCUUUUCUGUUAUAUGUACCUAAAUGAAUGAAAUAAAUGACAUAAUCAUACUUCUUUGUAGUCGAUGAA